AUUGGUGGACAAGCGCCGAGUUCAAGAGGAGGCACAUAGCAGGACAGCUAAAGAGAGCUGCGAUGAUAGGUGGGUCACACACGCAAGGCAGCAUGCCCAUGACCGUCAUCAUGCAGAACAAGGUGAGAAAAAGCUUUCUCUUAACCUUGCUCAUCAGGUUGUUCCUUAUUCCGCAAAUGCGUCCCUCUUGAUGCAUCUUCGUGCUCUCUUUUGCAGGAAAAAGAGUUAGGAACGACGCCCUCGAUGUUUCUGGUGUGGAAAGAGUGCCAUCAGAAGAAGAACAAGGAUGGGACACUAUCGUGGGUGAGCGAGAACGCCGAGCUGAAGGACACCGAGUACCGGGCCGGCUUUGCUGAAUCAUAUGGCGAGGCGAACCCUGAGAUCGAGCCCUUUGACCCCGAGGUUGCCAUGCGUAGGGGAGGUGGCAGGAAGAAUGGCCGCUUGUGGAUGUGUGAUAGCGCCAUCGAUCCUAGGACCGUCCGGUCUAUGAGAGAGAUUAGGCAUGACAGCUCGAGCUCCUCCACUACCAUACAGUCUCGCCCGACGCCGGCGUCUAGAGCCAUUGAGAAGCUUCGGGAGGACUUUGAGAAUGAGAGGAAAGAGAGGGAGCAGGCACAGGCCCUCCUUGCUCAGCAGAGUCAGAUGAUGGCGCAACAAAAUCAGAUUAUGGCGUGGUUUACACAGAGGAUGGCAGCGUGCGAGUCCCAGUUAUCGGCCCUUCUGCCAAGUGGCGCCACUCUUCCUACAGUUGGUCCACCUCCUUUUAACCUCAACGCAUGGCUUCAGGCCUCCGGUGGAUCCAACAACGCGGAGCUCGGUGGACCAUCGUCUCAGGACGAGACCAUGCAAACGCCUCCUACGGGGGGUAACCCUGACAACCCGCUCGCUCGCUCGCUCUUCUAGGACGUGCAUGAAGGAAGGAGCUAUUCGACGUUUUGAUUACAUGUGAUGAGCUCUAUGCAUGGUUGUACUCUAUUUGUGGUUUGGACUCUAUGUGUGAACUUGUAUUUUAUUUGUGGUUUGGACUAUGUGUGAACUUGUAUGAUCUUAUUAUGGACAUAUGCACUCUAUUUGUGGCUUUGGUUCUUGUAUGCACUUAUUAUGGACAUAUGUUGUGUUGUUUGAUCUUGUAUGUGAUCUAUUUGUGGCAAUAGAUCAUUAUAUUGUGCAUUACAUGUUAUAUGAAUUGAAUUAUGUCGAUAUUGUGCCACA